GUGUCAUGUGAAGCUCUAGGCGUUCCAGCGUUCUUCUUCUCUCGUGGAUUGCGGGAGCGCUCUUCCGGGGCGAUGCUCGGCUUACAUUCUUUCCCACGAUCGCCAGUGCUCGCGGCCGCGAAGAAUGCAGGGAAGCAACCGGAUUCACGCUACAAGGGGACUAUCGAAUUGCCUCAGACUAAAUUCAGUCUCAAGGCAAAUUCCGUGACGAGAGAGCCAGAGAUUCAGAGAUUUUGGGAGCAAAAGCAAUUGCUCGAGACGAUUACACAGAAAAAUCAAGGGGAACCAUUUACGCUUCACGAUGGUCCUCCAUACGCUAAUGGCGAUUUGCAUAUGGGACACGCCUUGAAUAAAAUUUUGAAGGACUUCAUCAACCGCUACCAACUACUUCAAGGACGAAAGAUUUUCUACGUUCCUGGCUGGGACUGUCAUGGUCUGCCUAUCGAACUCAAAGUGCUGCAAUCCAUCGACGCCGAGGCGCGCAUGAAACUCUCUCCCAUUGAGCUAAGAAAAAAGGCGGCGGAGUUUGCCUUGAAAACAGUUGAUCAGCAGCGCAGCUCUUUCCAGAGAUAUGGAGUCUGGGGUUCAUGGAACAGUCCCUAUCUCACACUGCAACCCGCAUACGAAGCUGCUCAGAUCGGUGUAUUUUGUCAAAUGGUUUUAAAUGGAUACAUUUAUAGGGGUCGUAAACCCGUUCAUUGGAGUCCUUCGUCUGGUACAGCUCUUGCUGAAGCUGAGCUCGAGUAUCCUGAAGGUCACACUUCUCGAAGCAUGUACGCUGUGUUUAAGAUGACAUUUACAUCAGACAAGUUUCCCAAAGAACUUGAAUAUCUUCUAUCAAGCCUGGGUGUCGCUAUUUGGACUACAACUCCUUGGACUGUUCCCGGGAAUACGGGUGUUGCUGUCAAUGAGAAACUCACGUACUCAGUUGUGGAAGUUGUUUUAAACAACGACGACUCUUCACUUGGAGGUAAAAAAUCGACUAAAGCUGGACGAAAAUACGGGAAUGGGCUUUUAAAGCCUGUCGUGAGCCAUCUGAUUGUUGCGGCUGACUUGGUGUCAUCACUCGAAGACAAGUGGAAUGUUCAACUUGUUGUCAAGGGCAGUUGUACGGGAUCAGCCUUGGAGUUUUGCAGGUACAAGCACCCUUUGGAAAAUCGAGAAGGCGUGAUUGUUAUAGGUGGAGAUUAUAUUACGACAGAUUCAGGAACCGGUUUGGUGCACACAGCACCCGGACAUGGUCAAGAGGAUUUUGUGACUGGUCAAAAGUAUGGUCUUCCUAUGUUGUCACCAGUGGAUGACAACGGGAACUUUACGGACGAAGCAAAUGAGUUCGCUGGGAUGAGCGUACUAAGCGACGGUAACGAGGCAGUCAUAAAGGCACUGGAUGCCAACUCGUCUCUGCUGAUGGAAGAGGCUUAUGUUCAUAAGUACCCGUAUGACUGGAGAACAAAGAAGCCGACAAUUUUCAGAGCUACAGAACAAUGGUUUGCUUCGGUUGAAGGCUUCAUGCCACUUGCUCUGGCCGCAAUAAAAAACGUUGAUUGGAUUCCCUCACAGGGAGAAAAUAGGAUCACGUCAAUGGUAAGCGGGAGAAAAGAAUGGUGUAUAUCGAGACAAAGAGCCUGGGGUGUACCAAUACCAGUUUUUUAUCAUGUAGACACUGGUGAACCGCUCCUCAACGAACAGACAAUCUCUCAUGUUCAAGCCAUAAUUGCUCAACAAGGAAGUGAUGCAUGGUGGUCAAUGACCACGGAGGACCUCCUUCCAGACACUUAUAAAGCAAAAGCAAGCAAUUACAGGAAAGGGACCGACACAAUGGAUGUGUGGUUCGAUUCAGGAACGUCUUGGGCAUCCGUUCUAGGCACGAAGAGAUGGCCCGCAGAUGUUUAUCUAGAAGGAAGUGAUCAACACAGAGGAUGGUUUCAGAGCUCCUUGCUCACGAGUGUUGCUACUAGAGGAGUAGCUCCUUAUCGUCAAGUGUUGACGCAUGGAUUUGUUUUGGAUGAAAAAAACGUGAAAAUGAGUAAAUCACUCGGCAAUGUAGUGGACCCGCGUAGCGUGAUUGAAGGGGGAAAGAACCAAAAGGAACAACCGGCUUAUGGAGCGGAUGUGUUGCGCCUCUGGGUUGCUAGCGUGGACUACACGGGGGACGUAGCAAUCGGUCCACAGAUUCUCAAACAGACGGCAGAUGUUUAUCGCAAACUGCGAGGAACGCUCAGAUAUUUGCUCUCGAACCUUCAUGACUGGAAACCAGAGCUUGAGAUCGAGUACGAUGACCUUCCUGGAAUAGAUAAGUACACUCUCUUCCAGCUCGCCAGCGUAAUGGAUAGCCUCAAGGACAGCCUAGACAAGUACCAGUUUGGAAAAUUCUUCCAGUCGGUGCAACGGUAUGCGGUGCUUGAUCUGUCCAACUUCUAUCUGGACAUUUCGAAGGACAGAUUAUACGUGGGGGGCACUGAUAGCUUUACAAGAAGAAGCUGCCAAACGGUUCUAGCUUCCCUCUUGCUGUAUCUGGCCCGUGGAAUAUCACCCGUUGUCCCACACUUGGCAGAGGACGCAUGGCAACACCUCCCCUUCUCGUACAUUCUACCAGACGGCUCCAAAGCCGAGAGCGUGUUUGAGGCGGGGUGGCCCGAAGUAGACCCGAGAUGGCGAACGAUUUCCGAUCGUGACAAGAAGCUAUGGUCACUUCUUCUAGAGCUUCGGGUGGAAGUUAACAAAGUCUUGGAAUCAGCAAGGAUGGGAAAGCUGAUAGGAGCAAACCUCGACGCAAAGGUUUGCCUUCACUUGGGAGGGGAGGACGACGCACUCCUCCACUCCACACUCCAAGCCAUGGCCGGCUCCGAGGAUGGCACCGUCGAUAAGCUACACGUUAUAUUCUUGACGUCACAGGUGGAAGUUGUCGAUUGCGAAGACGCAGACUGUGCAUACACGGGGAGCUGCAAGCUGGAGGGAAGCGGCGGCCGUGCCUGGAUUGGCGUGAAGCGAGCCGAAGGACAGAAAUGUGAGAGGUGCUGGAAGUACUCGCCCGCCGUGGGAAGCUUCACGCUCCACUCCACGCUGUGCGAGAGAUGCUACAAGAUCGUGGAGGCCCUCCAAUCGCCCGUGCUCGCCACUUCCUGAAAGCUCCAAGUUUCUAGGAAGAAGACGAUGGCAUAUUCUGUCAAGGGGAACUUUCCGUUUGACUCCCGAAUAUUCUGUCUGGACGGAUAUUCCGUCCAGGUUAGGGCU